AGGAAAAGGAGGAGAAGGAUUGAUGUGGAAGGUGGAGUAGUUUGAAUUUGUGGAUUUGGGAUGGGGUAUGGCGGCCGACGUAUAAAAUGUCGCGUGUUUGUGUCGCCUAGCCAGAACUCGUGCAAGAUUUUUUCAAACAAGCUGCUUGCAAAAAAGAACAAAAACAAAAACAGAAAAAACGACAACACCAACACACACACAUAUAAAUACAUACGCACAUGCACACACUCACAAACGGACAGCACAAUACCAUUGCGGCGGCAUUACUGUUGUCUGUGUGUGUAUAAUUUUUUUUUUACUUUUUUUUUUGUUGCAAUAUUUUCUUUAUAAUAACUUGAGUUUCAUAUCACAAUCACCAUUUAUUCUGUCCCUCCAGCAGCAUCCUGCCUUCUCCCUCGUUUCGUAAAAGAACCGAAGAACAGAUGACAGUCCAAGAAAAAAAAAAAAAGAUAAAUAACAAGAAAUCAGAACACUAACAGACAUUUCUGUGUUGGUGUUGGACAACUUUUGGCAGGAAAAAAAAAAAGGAGCCGAGUGGAAUAAAUUUAUUUUGACACGCUACAUUAGUACAAUAGCUACCACUACUUCUGCUACUACUGCUGCUCCUGCUGCAUUAUCAGAAUUACUGAUAAACGAACCAAUCGACUAAACAGACUAACUGACCAAUUGGAAUACAGCGAAAUACUAGGCUGACGAAAGACGGAGACAGCAUCAACGGGACUGGCUCAUAUUCUCAGAUAACUUUCCAACAGUGAAAAUAAGCAUGUUUCACACGCUGGCCAUAUGUGUCGCCAUUUGGAGCCGAGGACAUACAGGUUAGACCACAGAAACUGUUAUAUAUCUUUCACAAUCUAGCUAAAAGAGUCAUGUUCCAUGGUUUCGUACCAUUCUGCAUGUCUCUUCUGACAAAUAAAAGACACGCUGAAAGAACGUUAUUUGAUGCCGAUAAAUUGGCCUUAAAACUAUUUAUAUUGCUCUGCAAAGAAUUAAUUUAAAAGAUAGAAAAAACGUGAAAAAAGUAUAAGAAAAAGAAAACUGAAAAAGACAAAUAUUCAUUUAUAUACCAAACAUAUAUUCACACAUAAUAUACAUAUAUAUAUAUAUACAUAUCCAUCUAUAUUUAUAUCUAUAUUUAUAUCGUCUAUUUAUAAACUAUAUAUGCCUGUCGUUAUCUGUUGUUAAUUAUCAUAUCUACAUAUUUGCAUAAAUAUAUGUAUAUAUAAACGCACACAUAAUCAUAUACAUAUAUAAACUAUACAUAUAUAUGUAUAUAAGUACCCUUUUUGCUAUAAAACAACAUAUAUAUAUAUAUAUACAUACAUGCAUAUAUCAUAUCUAUAUAGAUACGGAUAAAUUAUUUAUUGUCUAAGCUUCUAUGAAAUAACUUGUUUUGUAAAUUUUUCUUUAUUAUUUUCUUUGAAAUAACACCAUUCCAUAAGUGUUGGGAACAACAAAACAACACCAACCAUAAACACAGACAUAUAAAACACUAGUAGAAAUACUGACCAAUAACUCCAAGAAUUCAAAAUGCCACGUGGAUUUUUGGUGAAACGAACAAAGAAUGCUGCGGCAUUCUCUUACAGAGUUCGGAAUUCCGAUGACAGUGAUUCUGAUCAUGAACACAUUCAAACAAAUUUCGGUUCUCCAGAUUCUGGAUAUUCUCCAAGUCCGAUAUCAUUGACUCCACGCGAGAGAGAUCUCCAUGCCUUUGACAGGGACCCGACACAAGGUACCACCCUGCCCUCGUCUCCGUUGCCAAGUUAUCCGUCCCCACAUUACUUUUAUGCCUUCGACAGACUGAGCGUUUCUAAUUGUUCACCAGUCAACUUGACCCCUGUGAAAAACGAAACCGGAACUGCUGCUCUUUCCAGCCCUAACAAACGCAGGGGUCCGGCCGAAGCCGAGAAAAAGGUGAAAACGCCCAAGAAGCCGAAAGCUUGUCGUAAAAUUAAUUUCGACGAGGACAAGACGUCACCCGUAUCGGGUACAAUCAUCAAAGACAUUUCUGAUACGGACGAGGAAGGACAAGUUGUGUGCGGAGACAUUGACAGUGCCUUUAACUAUGUAGAGAUCACGGCGGAAGCUAAGGCUGAGCUGGAAAAAAUCGAGAACAAAAUUGGCGACUAUGUCUGUCAACUAUGCAAAGAAUAUUUUGACGAUGCCUUCCAACUGGCUCGCCACAGAUGCUCACGCAUCGUGCAUGUAGAAUAUCGGUGCCCUGAAUGCGACAAAGUUUUCAACUGUCCAGCCAACCUCGCUUCGCAUCGGCGUUGGCACAAACCGAAAACCGCGUCCGACAAGAAGAACGUCCCCACUCACAUACUGCCGGCCAGCAUCCCGUCGGUUGCUCUCAACAGUAACCAUAGCAACGGAACAAAUGGAGAUCCGAUGGACGAAUCCAGCGACAAAUGUGACAGUCCACGAAUGCUAACGUCACCUCCUGGCUCGCCGAACAACUACACAGCUUCCACACAUCACCACCAGUUCUUCAAUUCGAACUCCUCACCAUCUCCGUCGUCCGCUUCACCUCCAGCCGUCACCAUCAACGACUGUCCGUCGUCCACUGUCGAAGAAGGACAAUUCCAGUGUGAGAUAUGUUUCAAAAGGUUCCGCCGUCAAGCCUACCUGAAGAAGCAUAUUCUUAACCAUAACAAUGACCGAGCCAAGCAACAACAACAACAACAGCCGCCAGAACAACAACAGCAACAACAACAGUCAGAGCAGCACCUUUCAUUGCAGCAACAACAACAACAACAAAGUGAAACUAGUCAGCCCUCAACUCACAAUCACUUACAAAACCAACCCACCGACUCGCCACCUCAUAGUUAUUUCCAACACAAACACCAACUCCAUCAACACAACAAUCAAAACCUCACGCAAAACAACGGUAGCAGCAACAACAACAACAACAACGCUAACAAUAACAACAGCGACAUUAGCAGCAGCAAUAACAACAACAACAAUAACAACAACAACAGUAGCAACAGCAGUAACAACAACAAUAACGACACAGAUUCCAAUGGCAACAAAGAGCCGACUUCUUCGCUAAACAGCAAUGUAAAUACACAAAACGGUGCGUCGAGCAAUAACAGUUCUAGUAUGGAGGUCAACGAGUGUAGUAGUGAGAGUAUGGCCACCACGACCAGCUGUAGUACUCCGGCUGCAACAAAUGAUACCAUCACUAAUGCUACGAGCAUUGCAAGCAACGGUAGUAACAGCAGCCUCACGACCACUGCCUCAACGACCACCACUACUACCACGACCACCACUACCAAUACCAACACCACCACGACCGGCAACAGUAAUAAUAACAACAACAGCAACAACAGCAGCAGCAAUGGUAACGGAACCACUGCCCACCUAUCAUGCGACCACUGUAAUAGCAUUUUCACCACAAAAACGGCUCUCGAGAAGCACAGCCGGACGCACAGUGGCGAGGUUUUCACCUGUAAGUACUGCUCAAGUCGCUUCUAUAGUUCUCCAGGUCUUACCAGACACAUCAACAAAUGCCAUCCCUCCGAAAAUAGACAGGUCAUUCUUUUACAAUUGACCCCAGUUAACCGACCUUGUUGAUUACAAAUAUCAAUACAAACAAUGAAUUUUGUCAUCGUCAUCAACAAUAGCAACAAACAAUAAACAGCAACAACUACAACAGCCAGAUCUGUCUAAGAACAAUAAUUCAACAUCAACAACAACAACAACAAAAAUAAUAAUAAUAAUAAUAAUAAUAAUAAUGAUAAUAAUAAUAAUAAUAAUAAUAAUGAUAAUGAUAAUAAUAAUAAUAAUAAUAAUAAUGAUGAUGAUGAUCAACUGUCUCUUUAUUUAAAAGUAUGAAACCGAGACAAAUUAUUUUAAUGAGUGGUCUAUACUUACACCCCUCUUGAAAUUAUAUACCUUUCUGUGAGAAGAUAAAAGCGAAGUUCGUUGGUUGGUCACCAACACAACAAUACCUGCAAGUGAAAUACGAACUCUCAAACGAAAAGAUAGCCAGGCAGGUGUAGUAAGUCCAGUAAUUUGAUCUACCCGGCCAUUGCACACCCUAACCAGUCCUAUCCCAAAAUAUCAUCAUCAGCCUUAUCGUUAACAGAAGUAUCAAUAUCAACAUUAUAACUAUCAACAAAGUGGCAAUUUUCCAUUACAAAAACUCGAAAUUAUCAGUACAAAUUAUACCGCCAUUAUACUAUAACGGGACAAUUUACUCGUGUCAUUCCUAUUGCUAUAACAUCGUAGUUUUACUAACUCUUAUUCACAACCAGUAAUCUCAAACACAAACAACAGUAACUAAAUAUAAACAACAAAACAGAUGAAAAAGGCGCCAAAAACAAUAAAGACCGUGAAAGUAAAAAAAAAAAAAAUGAAGGAAAAAAAUGAAAGCAAAACAAUAAAUUAAUUAAUUAAUUAAUUAAUUAAUUAAUUAACAAAAAACGAAGAAAGGAAUUGCAAAAAUAAUUCAAAUAGUGAGAAAGUAUAUAACUAAACUAAAAAUAAUCUAGGGAAGAAAUGAGGUGGUGGUAGAAAGACAGACGAAAAGAAAAGUUCUGUGACGGAACGAAAGUUGCGUAUCAGUAGUAACACUGGAUUCUUCCUCGAUGUCUUUCAAACUAUAUCGUCCGUGUGAAAGAGAAAUCGUAAGAUAAAAAAGGAAAUGAAAAAGAAAGAAAACUAAAAGAGAAAGUAGGGGAAUUAAAAGC